CAUGAUAAUAAAAUGUCAGACGAUCCAAAAACAGAAAAAUUAUGAGUGACAACUUCUUCAGAUUCCCGAAGCCUGUUUGGGUUUGCACAAUAGGAUUUGGGCUAUACCUUUUAUCGGCAUCUACAUUCAGCCCAAAAUCAAUUCCAAGUUUCUUAGGACCUGUUGGAAGAUUUGGAACAUAUCUUGGAGAGACUUAUCCAAAUGGAAUACUUGGAUUAUUUGUUGCAACAGUUUUAAUACAUGCAGCAGAAUCAGUGUAUACAGUACAUCUAGCAAGGGAGAGAAAACUAAGUACAAGUGCAACGAUAAAGUGGACAAUACAGACUUUUAUAUUUGGCUUCUCUUCAUUCUUGAAACUAAAGGCAUAUAGACCAAAGACUCGUUAAUAUACAAUUGUGAUGACACUCAGGGUCAGAUUCAUAAAUACUAUGUGAUAUAAUUUAGAUAUUAAAAUUAUUUUUUUUUA